UUCUGCUGUUCCUUCCACCACCGCCUCUUCUCCCUCUAAACUCCCCCAGUCAGACAAGAUUCUCUUCUCUCUUCUAUUCUUCCCCCCCUCUUCAAUCCUUCCAGCGAGCGGAUCCCAUCCCAUCCAUGGCGGCAGCAAAUGAUCGCUUCUCAAUUCGUGACUACGCCGCGAGGAUGAGGAACGUUGACUUCCCAAAGUCAUGGCCGUUUGUCGGCCAAAAAGUAGAAGAACUUCAUCCUCCGCCGAUUUCGGUACGCAGAUUCCGAUGGUGGGCUGACGAGCUCAGCGCAGCAGGAUCUGCUUCUCUAGCCGCGGAAACUAAAGCAGCAGAAACAUCGAUUCCUCCAUCUAAGACGAUUAUGAAGACAACUGAAGAUGAGAAAUUAUGCUCGCCAAAAGCAAGGACUAAGUUGCCAAAAAAACGCUCGAUCGCCGAGCUCUUCGCUUCUGCACCGCAGAUGGAGACUGUGGAUUCGGCCAUGGAUAAAGAAGAUGAUGAAACUGUGGUGAAGAGGAGGAGAAAGGGGAAACGAAGGAAAGGGAAGAUCGAGAUGGAGAUUCGCUCUUUGCAAAAGGAGAAGGUUUCCAAAAGUAAGAAGAUACCUGCUGGUCACCGCCACUUGCUUCAACACUCAACUAAUAAGAAAGCUCAUGGAAAGACAACUGAUUGCGUUCCCGAAAGCAAGAAGUCUGUGAAAGUGAAAAUCUUGCAAAAGAAAGACAACAUCCUGCAAACACCAAACCCGACAUCCAGUACGCACAAGGUAGCAAAGAAACUUCCUGUACGUAGCAUUCUCAAAAGCAAAAAUAGACUUUCUUCAGCGAGAGAAACAAGAAAAAUAAAUGAUUCAAAUACAGUCAAGGUUGUCAAACGUUGUAAAACCACAAGAAAUGUAACCUUUUCUGGAAAGGAUGCCAUACUUGGACAUGGCAUGAACUGUUCAAACAUUGACUUGCCGCAAUUUAAAAGUCUUUGCAAAAUUUUCUCAGAUGUUUUGACUAAAUCAUCAGUUAUGAAAAAUUCAAGCAAAGUUCAUGAACUCACAGCAGCUAAUGGAGGUAAACAGGUGGCGAAUUCAAGUGUGGAAGAUACCAAUGCAGAAGUUGUCUAUAGGACAGAUGAACCUUCAUGUCAAAAGAAUGAGUCAAGUGAUUCACUUAGUAAUGUUAAUCAUCAAAAAUUACUAAACUCUGGCAAUAGCAGCUUUUCGAGAACAGAGAAGGCAUCCUUGGCUGUAGUGAUUGAUCUAAACCAUAACAUGGAAACCUGUAAUGACUCAGAUCAAUUUAAUUCUUCCACACAAAAUUUGUCACCCAACUGCACCAAUUCAGGUGAUCUGGAAACAAUUCACAAAAAAGGAUCAAGCACUUUCGCUGAAUUUCAUCUACAACGAGGACUGCCAAAGAUAUCUCCUGUAAGUAUUAAACCUACUGAGCGAAACUUUGUCUCGUCUUCUAAUGCAGCAGAUAUACUCACUUCCAUGAAGAAUUAUAGACCACAUAGUCCAACACCUUGUCUAAUAGCUUGUAAUGAUAAGAAGCCGUGUUGGCAAUAUUGUGACGUUGACAUGAAAUGUUGUUGUCAUAUUCCAAAGAAUCAAUCUGGGCACUAUUGCUCUCCAAAUGAUUUGCUGAGCAAUAACAUUUGCCAUUCUAUAGGAUGCAACGAGUUUAUGGGAUCAGCAUUCUUGUCCAAUGCAGUGUCUACCAGCAAAAGUAAGAGCACAGGAGAGGAUUUAAUUAGUCUUUCUUAUAAUAAACACGGAGAACUUAUCCAAAUACAUCCAGGAACAACGUUUGUUGGGCAUUAUACGAAGCAAAACAUGGAUUUGGCCAACAGUCAUGGCUUCUAUGCCAAUAAAAAAGUUGAGCCUGAUAUAAAUGUGGAUCAUUUACAAAUAAUGAAAGAGAAUCUUCCCGAUGCUGCAUCAUAUCAGACGGAUCAGUUGGUUUGGUGCCAGAACCAAUGCUAUCCGAACAGUGAGAGAACACUUACUGAAUUUUUUGGACCCAAACGGCUCAAUAUUCAAAACAACGCUUGUUCUAAUUACAAUUAUGAAUUCCUCCAUUCCCAAGCAAACAAAGCAAAGCCUUCUUUUCAUGCUGAAAAAACUGACGAUGCCACACUUGAUAUCUUGAAGAAGAUAGAACUGCCAGUAAAAUAUAAUUUAGCUUGUCAAUUAGAACCUGCAGUGAAGCCAACAAUUCGCUUGAUGGGGCAAAAUGUAGUUGUUGGUGCUAGUAAUGGAGAUUGUCACUCUUCCAUGCCUGAAAAGUACAUUUCAAAGCAACGGACGCUGCCAGAAUUUGUUGCAAAGAAAUGUUGGAGCUCAAAUAAUUGCCUACAUAAGCUGUACGAUUCUCCAUCAAAUUUUAAUCAUGCAACAGCACAUGUGGAAACUCAAUUUGACUUGCAUAUUGAUGAUGAUGGGUGCAAAAAUUUGUCAAGAUUCUCAACAACAAAGAACAAUACAUUCAAAGUAGUUGCUGAUAGUCAGGAAGUGACACACAAUGCCUUCUUAAACAAGACAGACAAGUUCAUAGGAAAUAUAAUUUCAGGAGAAGAACCUACACGGCAUCAAUACUAUCCUACUAAAGCAUCUUAUCAACAAAACAGUCAGCAGAACAUACUUUUGAAUUCUACCCACUGCAAUCAUAGUCGGGGUGUUUCAAGUCGUACAUUUGUAACACCACAAUUUGCACAAUCACAGAUUCGAUAUAAUUUUCAUGAAAAUCACUUUCAACCAGUACACACACAGCCUCCAGAAAUACUGCCUCCAUGGUUGCUUCAUGCAAAGCAUAAAAAAUGGAACCAAUCCCCUUAUUCUGAUCCAAUUGAACAAAGCCAACCAAGUAGAUUUUCUGGGACAAAUCUAAUUCCUCAACUAUCUCCAUAUAAUAUGCCUAUGGACCCGUUGCCGCUUGGUAACAUUUCUCCUGCAAAAACCAUUACCUUUGCUCCAAAUUCCAGCCAAUCUUCAUUUAUUUCAGUUGUCACUGCGAAUAAUUCAGUUUCUGAAGUCACAAUGAGUAAUGGCACCAAAAAUAAGGAAAAAGAAGGAUCAUACUCAAACUUCACGGGCUUCAGCAGUCCGGUUGAUGCUCAUAAAUUUCAAAAGAGGUCAGCCAGAGGGGAUGAUUUGCUCAUGAAUUCGUCUAAGAUACCACAUUUUGAAAAGCAAACAGACUACGGCAUUCCAGUAGAGCCACAGGGUACAGACCUGAGCCGAGAUCACAAACUCCUCGAUUAUGCAACUGCUUUAGAAUUUCAGAAAGCCGUACAUGAGGUCGAUGAAUUAUCAAAGGCAGAGGGCUCUAGUUUUUCAAGAUUGGACAAGGAAUCCACAGUAGGAGCGACAGAAUUGGUUUCAGGAGCAAAGCACGUACUGAAACCCGUACAGAAGAUUGAUGAUGAAAAUUUUAAACCAGCUCAUCCAACCACGAAUUUUCCUCGCAAAUCUACUUCUGGAAAACUUUUAAGCCCACAAAAGCAAAUUGCUAAGAUCUACGAGUUCUAGCAAUCUGAAAUGUGUGCUAUAACUUAAUGAGUUGUUUUGUCCCUAUGCUGUGUUUCAGGAUAUGACUGCUGGCGAGUGGUAGUGUAGUUUCUUUGAGGGAGGACUCAUUUGGUUGCCUGUAGUCUGAAAUAACUUUUAGGAAGCAAUGAUUUUGUUUUCAUUUCUUUUUUUGUAUGAAAAUAAAAUCAUUAUAAUUGUAGUCAAAAUCAAUAUUGAUUUUUCACUACGUAAUAUUAAAUGAUGGAUCUAACGUUGAAGCUCAUUUGUCAGGUCGGGUUUCCUUGCUUCAAGCAACCAAAUGAGUAUUAAAUGUUCAGUGAAUGUUAUACAAGUCAAGGGCACAUCCUUGUCAUUUAGAACUCUAAAAAUUUUCUUAUGCACAUGUUGCACAGCUUCUACGUGUACCUGUGACAUGUGCUUAGUAUGUUUAUAGAGGUAUGCUCUGAAAUACUUAGGAAACUUUACAGGUUUUUAGCUAUGUAUGGUCUACUCUUUGUAAUGUUUCAAAUAAACUAGUGUAAAUAUGCAUUGAACGUGUAUUAAUAAUUAAGCAG